GACUGGCAUCCGUGAUGUCCACUCCUCCCAUGAUGAGGUGUGAACCUGUCUAGUCUUGUUGUGUGCCACUCACUCGGAGUUGAGACUUCAGAGACCUCAGAGACUUCUUUCCGUGCUUACAGAACCACCUCCCCUCCAACCCUGGUGAUGGCCCACAGGGACUGUUUUCUUGCUCGUAGUCUGGAUGCCUGCCAAGAAGGAAGGGGAAGGUAGAGCAGUCGGGUCUCUGGCUGUCCCCAUAGCUUCUAACCUCAGACCUUAUUAAACUACUUUCUGAGCCCAAGGACACAGCUCACUUGAAUAAAUGAGUUGAGUCAUGAAUGAGAUAUCUUGCUCUUUCCAUAAUGAGAAGGAAUUAAGAGAUGGACAGGUUGAAAACAUGUGUGCUGGGCACUCUCCAACAUCUAACAAGGACCACAGUGCUCUUCUGGCUUUCCGAGGGAUUCCUAUCUCAGAGUUGAAGAACAACGGCAUCCUCCGUGCCCUGACUGCAGAAGCUAAUGGAUGGGAGCCAAAUGUUGUGAGUACAGAGGUGCUCAGAGCCCAGGAAGAAUGGGAAGCUGUGGACAACAUCCAGCCAGAGACAGGAAGCCAGGUCAACUCAGGUGAGCCUGGGCAGCUGAUCUCCUUCAGUGAGGCCCUGCAGCAUUUCCAGACUGUGGACCUCUCCUCCUUCAAGGAAAGAAUCCAGCCAACUAUUCGAAGGACUGGGCUUGCAGCCCUCCGGCACUGCCUCUUCGGGCCUCCAAAACUCCACCAGGGCCUCUGUGAAGAAAGGGACUUGGUCCUGACCAUUGCUCAGUGUGGCCUGGAUAACCAAGACCCAGUGCAUGGCCGAGUCCUCCAGACCAUCUACAAGAAGCUGACCGGCUCCAGAUUUGACUGUGCCCUCCAUGGAGACCACUGGGAGGAUCUGGGCUUUCAGGGAGCAAAUCCAGCCACAGACCUGAGAGGAGCAGGCUUCCUUGCCCUCCUGCAUCUGCUGUACCUGGUGAUGGACUCAAAGACCUUGCUGAUGGCGCAGGAGAUUUUCUGCCUGUCCCAACAUCAUAUCCAGCAAUUCCCCUUCUGUUUGAUGUCUGUGAACAUUACCCGUAUCGCAAUCCAGGCCUUAAGGGAGGAGUGUCUCUCCAGGGAGUGUAAUCGUCAGCAAAAGGUGAUCCCCGUGGUGAACCACUUCUAUGCUGCCACUUUCCUCCACCUUGCCCAUGUCUGGAGGACGCAGCAGAAAACCAUCUCAGACUCAGGCUUUGUCCUCAAAGACUUGGAGGCGUUGGCCAAGAAGAGCCCGAGGCGGCUGCUCAAGACUCUGGAUACCUACUUGGCCAGAGCGUCAAAGGGACAAGCCUCCUUGUUGGGAGCACAGAAGUGCUCCGGGCCACAAGACCCUCACUCCAAAGAUCUCACCUUCACAGGCGUGUGUGACUUACCAUCACACUCACCCAAAGGCACACGGCUAAUCUGACCAACCCCAGAGGUUCACCAUAUGGAAAGACUUAAGGCUGGGCCACACGGGCUCUCGGAGGGCAAAUGGCGAACCAUGUGAGGAGUACUCUGGCUGGGCCGGGCCCCGUCCUGUCUCAGCAGAAGGGGUGUAGGAAGGUCCUCGGCCUGGCUGGCAAAGCCAAGGACCCUCACCCACAUGAGACAUUAAGCACACCUAGACUGCCCCACUCCCCACAGACCUCCACAGCCAUACUCUGAGUGGGGAGUCAGUUCACAGAGUCGGGUCCCAGGUAAUCUCAAGGAGAGGGGAGGGAGGGAUCAUGAGGUGGGAGAGCCCCACCUGCAUGUCCCAUGUGUCCCCACAGUGAAGGCUAGUCCAGGCAGAGGUGCCAGAAUUCUGGCUUUGAGCAGCAGGGUGGUAAGGCCCCUGGGUGCCCACAGGACAGGGACUGGAUAGGGACCCUGUAGUCAGAAUUUGAAGGGAGAAGCAGUAAUGGCAGCCAGUGGGGCAACAUGAACCAACAAGCUUCAGCAGGGCCACCUUCCAGGAGCAGGGACCCUGGGGGCAAAGUCCUACCCACUCUUCCCAACCCUCCUCCCGCUGCUGAUGCAGAGCCAGGCGUGCCUCUGUUGCUGCCCAUCCUAACCGCCCUCCAGCUGGGCUGCCCCCCAUCCCCUGGAGACCCAUCAAGGAUGGUUUUUGGCCUGGUUGAGGGAAAGAGGAAAACCACACAACAGCAAUUUUUGAAUAAAGAACUGUUCCAGGUUAA